CCCUCUCGGUACCCGUACGUCGCGGGACGGCUGUGCGGAGGUUUGCGCGACGUCGGCUUUGUGGCGGAAGCAGGAAAAGGAGGAGGAAGUGUUGCCCUGUGCAGGGGGCUUUAACUUUAGGGCUGGGGGCGAAUUGUUUCUCAAAAGCUCCGAGGUGCUUGGGUGGCUGUAGCUCCUCGCUGGGCGAGAGGCGGCUACAGCGCGCGCGGAGGUGUCCGUGGACCCGAGUUCGCGAUGCUGGCCUAGGAGCACCGAAACCGUUCUAAAGGGGCCACCCGCUUCCGCCUGGCUCGCUUUAAGGGGUGUGUUCAGAGUGGCGGGAGGCCUAGAUUGCCCUCUGGUCCGGCCUCUGCCACCGAUUUCUGUGCGCCCUUGUUCCCUCUGAAUCUCAACAUCCUCACCUGUGUAUCCUGUGCUUUUCUUGAUUGGGGACACCGAAUCCAGUCUCAGUUCUUCAACUGAAUCAGACACCAUGGAGGCACCCCCCGUCACGAUGAUGCCUGUUACCGGGGGCACCAUUAACAUGAUGGAGUACCUGCUGCAGGGAAGUGUUUUAGAUCACAGCUUGGAAAGCCUUAUCCAUCGCCUUCGUGGUUUGUGUGACAACAUGGAACCUGAGACUUUCCUGGACCAUGAGAUGGUAUUCCUCCUUAAAGGCCAGCAGGCCAGUCCAUUUGUUCUAAGGGCCCGGCGCUCUAUGGAUAGGGCAGGGGCACCCUGGCAUCUACGCUACCUGGGACAGCCUGAAGUGGGAGACAAAAACCGCCAUGCCCUGGUGAGAAACUGCGUGGACAUUGCAACAUCUGAGAACCUCACUGACUUCCUGAUGGAAAUGGGCUUCCGCAUGGACCAUGAGUUUGUAGCCAAAGGACACUUGUUCCGGAAGGGCAUCAUGAAGAUUAUGGUGUACAAGAUCUUCCGUAUCCUGGUGCCUGGAAGCACAGACAGCACUGAGGCCUUGUCACUCUCCUAUCUUGUGGAACUAAGUGUUGUUGCCCCAGCUGGGCAGGACAUGGUCUCUGAUGACAUGAGGAACUUUGCAGAGCAGCUAAAACCUCUAGUUCACCUAGAGAAAAUAGACCCCAAACGGCUCAUGUGACUAAGACAGUCUGUCCACCAUUGGGGCCUAUCUUCCCCUGUUACAAAAAAGACAUUAUAAUUGUCCCAUUUCACUACUGCCAGCCAGGCAUCCUUCCCUCAGGAAGGAGGACAGUAAAAACUUAAUUGGUUCUUUUCUGUUUUCCUCAGGUGGCAAGUUCACUUUUGUGACAGCCUUUCUAAAUUAAAGGCUCAGGAAAACAUGGAGAAUCUAUUUAAUCCUUCUGCAUAAAGAGAGGAAAUGAGAAUAAAUUAACUUCUAGAAAGAAAAAUCUCUUAAUUGUUUUUGCCAUUUGUGUGUAAGGUUUGUAAAAUAAGACUGAGCUCAGAUUAUGUGGUAAUAAAGGCUAUGAAGGGAAAUGUCUGUAUUUCUGACUCUACCCAAUUACUCUGCUAGUUUGGGACGGAUUCAUUACUAUUUGGAGUUAAAAAACUGACAGUUUUAAGUUUUAAUUUUGGAACAGAUGAUCGUUUUUACCUCUCAUAAAAGCAUGUGUUUGUUGUUGAAAAAAAUUUAAAUAUAAAAAUAAGAAAAAUAACCUGUAAUCUUAAUAUUCAAAGAAAUGUACUAUUUCUAUUUUGGUAUACUAUAUCUUCCUAGUCUUUAUUUUUGUAAAUUUAUGUAUAUGAGAUACACUUAUUUUAUAAAAAUACUCUGUACAUA